AGGCUUAAGGAGGAAGAGAGCUGGCCGUUUCUGUGGAUUACAGGAGCGUCAGUAAGCUGGGACUGGACUGGAAGGAGUUUUGGCUCAUCUUUCUCUUUCCUUUCAAUCUGUCUUGCCGCAUCUUGCAGCUCUUGCUGUGUCCGUCACUCUUCCUACUGCAUGCCGUAUCAUCUGAGAGCAUUCAGAGGAGAUGUGUGGGGUGUUAGCUGUUAGCAGCACUGGGUACUGAGAGAGAGACAGAGGAGAAGAGGGGAGAAUGCCGGCCCCCCUCAGGAUGAGGAGGGGGGCCUGCAGGUCGGCUAUCCCGUCUCUCUCCACCAUCGCUGAGGAAGAGGAGGGACAGCGCAGUCGCAAGAGACGAAGGAAAGGAGGAGGCUCUGACUACCUUCUCAGAGCAGAUGAGAAGUCGUCAUGGAGUCGACCGGACUCGUCUGCGUCUGGACAGUACACCUACACCAUUCCCAGCCCUACAGAGAUACACAUCGUAACCAGACCAGAGCCUUUCAUGCAGAAGAUCGAUGAAAGGCAGAGACUCGCCCGUGAACGGAGGGAGGAGCUGGAGAAGCAGAAUGCUGCACGGGGCUCCAAGUGGUUGGAGAGGGAGGAGAGAGCCCGACAGUUUCAUGAGAGACAGCUGGAGGAGCGCAAGAAGAGGCUGGAGGAACAGCGAGUGAAGGAGGAGAGGAGACGAGCUGCUGUGGAGGAGAAACGACGGCAGAAACUGGAGGAGGAGAAGGCACGGUAUGAGGCUGUUAUCAGGAGGACCAUGGAGAGGAGUCAGAGAGCCAGGCCAAAGUCGAACCGCUGGAGCUGGGGAGGAACGCUUUCUGCUAGCACCUCUCACAACAGCGAUGCUGAAAGAAGGUCAGUCUCCACUAUGAAUCUGUCCAAACACACAGAUCCAGUCAUUUCCAAACGCCUGUCAUCUUCCUCAGCCACCUUGCUGAAUUCACAAGAUAGAGCCUUACAGAAGCAGACAUCUCUCUCGUCAUCUUGCUUGAUUAAAAAAACACUAUCUAAAUCCCAAAUAUCCAGAGAGAAGAUCCCUCAGGACAAACCAGCAGGUACGCGUCGCUUGCCUCUUACCCCAUGGGAGAAUACAGUGGUCAAUCGACUACAGACACCAACACACUCCUACCUGGCCAGGAGUCGUAGCGCCAUGUCUUUGUCUGGAGAAGCAGUGACCCCCGUUUGUCCUCGCUCAGCUUCCUGUCACCCAAUGAGUUCCAUGUCCUUCAAGUCCAUCCAGUCACGCAGCGCCGAGCGACCAAUCAAAGCAGGCCCUAAUUUUGAGAGACCAGUCAGAGCAGGGUUCAUCCCUUCGGACGGCAGCGCUCGCAGAAAGACGACCCAGAAUAUCCUGAUUGACAGAAAGGAUAAGGACUAUGUGAGGAAGUCAUGGAGUAACCUGUCAUAUCCCACUCCCAGUCUGAGCCUGUUCACACCCAAGAGAUCUCCCUCACCUGUCAGUCAGCGCAGCAGGGCCACCAAUCCAUCCCCCAACAGGGGCUCUACUGCUAAACCCUCUCAGAAGACACCUAACCCCAAAAAGUCCAGGUCUCCACCUCCCCCAGCAUCAGUACCGCUGUCUCCCAGUAACCCGUCCUUAUUGCCAGGCAAUCUCAGGCCCAACAGAGUGACAUCAGAGAGCCCGAGAGUUACCCCAGAAAGAGAGGGGGCCAAAAAAGAGGACGUUGAACCUCCUAAAAUUGAGCCAGAGACUCCUGCAACUAAACCAGAGCCUUCCGCUGAAGGUUCUGGAAGUUCUCCAACAGCACGGCCCUCCGCAGGCACAACAGAUCCUGAGGAGGCAUCUCGUCUGCUGGCUGAGAAACGACGGCAGGCCAGAGAACAGAGAGAAAGAGAAGAGGAGGAGAAGAGACAACAGGAAGAGGCUGAAAGGCGCAGCAGGGAGGAGAUGGCCCGGAGGAAAGCAGAGGAGCGAGCGAAGAGAGAGGAGGAGGCACAGCGGCAGGCAGAAGAGAAGAAGAGACGAGAGGAGGAGGAGAAGCGAUUAGAUGAGGAGAGAGCACAGAGGGAGAGGGAGGAAGCUGAACGCCUGCAGAGACAGAAAGAAGAAGAAGAGGCUCGCCAGAAAGAAGAAGCAGAGCGUUUACGUCUGGAGAGAGAGAAACACUUCCAGAAAGAGGAGGCUGAGAGAAUGGAGAGGAAGAAGCGCCUUGAGGAAAUUAUGAAACGCACACGCCGAUCUGAUCAGAAAACCACCCCACAGAGAAAUGGCGACGUCAGCCAGCAGAGCGGACAGGAUUCAGCGAUUUCAAUAUCCAGCAGUCCCUCAGUGAGUGUGUCGGCCCCUCAGGCUCCGGAGACAUCCGAGACCGUACGCAGUGACAGUAACGGACACUCGGACCCCAGCUUCACUACACCCAUACUGCCCACAUCAGGUCACAGUGUGGCUGCCCAACUUAGAGAAAAUGGCGCUGUCACAGAAGCCUUCGAGGAGGUCAUAGAGGUUCCAAUGGCGAACAAACUGUCCCGUCAAGAUGGAGAUGGAGAGGAAAUGGAAAAUGAGGAGGAGGAGAAGAGGAAGGUUCCCCUGUUGGCUUUCAGAGAGAACGGCAGCACACAUGACGUGAGUGAACAGGAGGAGAACCCGGCACAGUAGAGUUCAGAUGUAUGAACAUUUAUAAUUGUGGAAGUGCAACUU